AUUAGUGUACGUAAGUGGCGAGGCAGUUCCUCUGGGCACCAGUCUGCCAUCUGGUGACAGUGCACUAGUAGGUGAUUAAGACUGGGGAUAUUUAUUGGAAUGGUGACUGGUGGCUGGUGAUGUGUUAUGCGGCAAUAAUAGGAAUAGAAACUGCAAAAUUUCCUCAUAUUACUUGAUUAUUUAUAAAUAAAAAAUAUGGCUCAUCAGCUAUUAUUUUCAACUGCUAAAUUCGAAAGGUUUAUGUUUAAAUCCGCGUACAAAAAUGUCGACAGAAUUCAGUUGAGAAGAUAUUUGUCAUUAUUUAAAAAUGACUGCGAAACAACCAUGUUUGAACAAUUACAACGACAGGCGAGGUUAUUGUGUAAUCAACCACCGAAAGGAUUUGAAAAGUUUUUUAAAGGAAGUGGAAAAAAUUCUCCCAAAACUACUGAAAAAGUUGAGGAGAAAGUUAAGGAGGGAUCAACCAAAGAGGCUGCCGCUAAACCGCAAACAAGUACCACAUCUUCUGGUUCUUCAACCAGUCCUAGUGGUAAAUCGUCUGGUUUCCAGUGGAAUUUCCAAUUUAAUUUGGGUGGACCAGGAGGAAAAAAACCAUUAGAAGGUGCAAAAAAUGAGAAAGGAAUGAUGAUGGUGGGCAUAGUUUUUAUGGCUGCUGUUGCUUUUUAUGCACAUCUAGUAACAGAUGGUCCAAUAGAGAUCACAUGGAGAGAUUUUAUAUCAAAGUGUUUAAGUAAAGGAAUCGUGGACAAAUUAGAGGUUGUCAACAAACGAUGGGUCCGUGUGAAACUAUUACCUGGACAUUUAGUGAACGAAUCUAACACAUUGUGGUUUAAUAUCGGAAGUACCGAAACAUUCGAAAGAAAUUUGGACAAUGCACAAGCCGAGUUAAACAUAGAACCACACAAUUAUACACUAGUUGUUUAUAAAGAUGAAAUUGAAAUGUCUCAGAUCAUAAAACUAACGCCACAAAUACUAAUGUGGGGUUUCAUUUUAUACACGUUACGAUCAUCGAUGUCUAUGUUUAAUUCGAAAGGGAAGAGACUUUUUGGUUCGGUAAUGGAAUCGACUGCAAAAUUAAUCAAUUCCAAAGAUAUUGGUGUUCGAUUUAAGGAUGUUGCUGGUUGCGAGGAAGCGAAAAUUGAAAUUAUGGAGUUUGUAAAUUUUUUGAAAAAUCCCCAACAAUACAUAGACCUUGGUGCUAAAAUUCCCAAAGGGGCGAUGUUGACGGGUCCACCUGGUACUGGUAAAACGUUAUUAGCUAAGGCCACAGCCGGGGAGGCGAAUGUUCCUUUUAUCAGCGUGUCGGGUUCAGAAUUUUUGGAAAUGUUUGUUGGCGUUGGUCCUUCAAGGGUUCGAGAUAUGUUCGCAAUGGCACGGAAGCACGCACCGUGUAUAUUAUUUAUUGAUGAAAUCGAUGCUGUAGGAAGGAAAAGAGGUGGUCGUAAUUUUGGCGGUCAUUCUGAACAAGAAAACACACUCAAUCAACUUCUAGUUGAAAUGGAUGGAUUUAAUACAACGACCAACGUAGUCGUAUUAGCAGCAACUAACAGAAUAGAUAUAUUAGAUAAAGCAUUAUUACGUCCUGGAAGGUUCGAUAGACAAAUAUUCGUUUCCGCUCCAGAUAUUAAAGGACGGGCAUCCAUUUUUAAAGUGCAUUUAGCGCCAUUGAAGACUACGGUAGAUAAAGAUCAAUUAGCUAGGAAAAUGGCUUCCUUGACACCUGGUUUCACAGGAGCUGAUAUUGCUAAUGUGUGCAAUGAAGCAGCUUUAAUAGCGGCAAGAGACAUGAAUGAUAAUAUUCUUCUAAAACAUUUUGAACAGGCUAUUGAAAGGGUUGUCGCCGGUAUGGAGAAGAAGACGAAUGUUCUACAACCCGACGAGAAAAAAACAGUUGCGUAUCACGAGGCUGGCCAUGCGGUAGCAGGUUGGUUUUUGGAGCAUGCGGAUCCACUUUUGAAGGUAUCCAUAAUUCCUCGUGGAAAAGGGUUAGGUUAUGCUCAGUAUUUACCACGCGAACAAUAUCUUUAUACAAAGGAACAGUUGUUCGAUAGAAUGUGCAUGACGCUCGGCGGACGAGUGUCGGAAGAAAUAUUUUUCGGUCGCAUAACAACAGGAGCGAAAGACGAUUUGCAAAAAAUAACCGAUAGCGCGUACGCUCAAGUGAUACAGUUCGGUAUGAAUGAAAAAAUUGGAAACGUUAGUUUCCAAAUGCCACAGCCGGGAGACAUGGCUUUCGAUAAACCGUAUUCCGAACAUACCGCACAGUUAAUUGACAGUGAAGUACGUGAAUUGAUUGAAAGCGCUCAUGUACAUACCCGCAAUUUGCUUUUGAAACACAAGGAUGACGUAUCUAAGGUGGCCGAACGAUUAUUGAAACAAGAGAUUUUAAGUAGAGAUGACAUGAUAGAAUUACUUGGCCCCAGACCUUUCCCUGAAAAGUCAACUUACGAAGAAUUUGUCGAGGGUACGGGAUCGUUCGAGGAGGACACAACCUUGCCAGAAGGUUUGAAAGAAUGGAACAAAUCGAGAGAUUCUAAGGACGAGAACAAAGAGGCAAUUCCUUCAUCGGAGCCAGCUUCGACUAGUACUCCUAAAGAUAAACCUCAACACCGAUUAUAAUUAUACAGUUUAGGUUAUAGUCUGCUAAGUACUUUGUAUUAUAGUUUGAAAUAUAUAACUGUAAUAAGUAAUAA